AGAGGAGGAAGAUGGCGGCGCGGCGGGCCGGCCUGCUCUGCCUGCCUGCGGCCCUGCUCUUGCUGUGGGCGGGAGGCCGCGCUCGGGCUGCAGGAGCGGUGCCCGCCAGCUCCUCCGAGGCCUUUGACUCCGUGUUGGGCAACACGGCUUCCUGCCACCGCGCCUGCCAGCUGACCUACUCCCUGCACACCUACCCCAAGGAGGAGGAACUGUAUGCGUGCCAGCGAGGCUGCAGACUGUUUUCCAUUUGUCAGUUUGUGGAUGAUGGCAUCGAUUUGAAUCGAACCAAACUGGAAUGUGAUUCUGCCUGUACUGAGGCAUACUCCCAGUCUGAUGAACAAUAUGCUUGCCAUCUUGGAUGCCAGAACCAAUUGCCAUUUGCUGAAUUAAGACAAGAACAAUUAAUGUCCCUGAUGCCAAGAAUUCAUCUCCUCUUUCCUCUGACACUGGUGAGAUCCUUCUGGAGUGACAUGAUGGAUUCAGCUCAGAGCUUCAUAACAUCCUCAUGGACUUUCUACCUUCAAGCAGAUGAUGGCAAAAUUGUCAUAUUCCAGUCGAGGCCAGAAGUGCAGUAUGUUCCACAGCUUGAUCAGGAAACUGAAAAUACAAGAGGAUCCUUGUCUCUGAGUAAAACUGCUUCAGACCCACAGCCAGGAAGCUCGCAGACAUACCGAGGACUUUUUGAAGAGCAAGGAAAUGACAGCUUUUUCAAGUGUCUUUCCAUAAAUUCCAGUUGGAUUUUAACCACUACGCUUGUCCUGUCAGUGUUGGUGCUCCUCUGGAUUUGUUGUGCAACUGUGGCUACAGCUGUAGAGCAGUAUGUUCCAUCUGAGAAACUGAGCAUCUAUGGAGAUCUGGAAUACAUGAAUGAACAAAAACUGAACAGAUAUCCAUCCUCUGCACUUGUUGUGGUUAGAUGCAAGACUGAGGAACAUGAAGAAGCAGGACCUCUUCCUACAAAAGUUAAUCUGGCUCAAUCAGCAAUUUAAAUAAGCCUCCAUUGGAUUGAAUAGACUAAUUCUAACAGUGCUAGCAACUCCUGAUUGUUUGUGGUGGUUCUUCAGAUAAGAAGCUUAGCAGCAAGUCUUUAAACGCAGAUAAAGUUACAGAAUCAACAGAUGUCAUGGGGUGUUUUUUCCCCCGCUAGUAGUGAAGAUUCAGACACCUUGAAUUUGUUUGUUUCCAGACAUAAUCACUUUUCACUGGUGUUUGCUCUGUGUCUUUUUGCUUACAGAAGCUGUAAGCAUGCUUUCCAUACUUCUGCCAUGACACUUUCAAACUUAUUUGUGUAUUCUAGGAUAUACUGUGUACAUUCAAGAGUUAGCUCUGUAAAGAUAUAAGAAAUUUUAAGUAGGCAGGAGAUGCCUUUUUAGUGUUGCACUUUCUGUUGUAGUUAAGAGAAAAUAUUAUAAAAUUAUCUGCUGUUCUUUUUUUUGGGGGGGGAGGAGGGGGAUUCUCGUUAAUGUUCAUGCACAAACAACCCUUUCUCCAAAAACAGAAAUCUAUUUUUUCUACCGUGUGGCAAUAUCCAGGAUGGGCAGCAUUUGUGAAGUACUGUAGGCUACAACUCAGUUUGUGGAAGGUGGAAAAUGUGUUAAAAACACGUGGGCAUAUGCUUUCACAUACAGAACAUUGUAUGGUUAGUUAAUUUGUCAGAUUUUAGCCUUUACAUUCUUAAAUCGCUUGUAAAGUUAGAGCCUGUGUUGUCUGAAGGAAUUCUACUUUCCGUUCUUGAUUAACUAUUCUAGUCUUGUAACUUCAUUUACAGAAACAAGGUGAUUCCUGAGCAAUGAGAACAGAUGAAUAAAAAUGACUGUAUAGAAAACACUGACUGUAUAGCCUUUUGCUAUGGUUCAUUAUUGUUUUACUUCAUCUGAAAGACUAGCAUUCCUCCCGUUGGCAAUGUGACCUGAUUUUGUUGUGUGUGAUUCACUAAUACAACACCUAACCGUGUCCUUCA